GGAGCUGGAAUGUCACGUGACAUUGCGUGCGGCCAACAUGGCGACGCAGUGCUGAGGUAGCACAGCUCUGGACAGCUCAGAGAGAACGACCCAUGUCGUCACCCAGAUUUUGUUUCCAUACUUGUCACCUACCUAGGCUCGGUGCUCGAUCAACAAUGACGGCCUGAGAGAGUGAGAGGGAGAGCGCGCGAGCGAGACAGAGACUGCUUAUUUAUCGGCGAGAGAUGCAACAGCAACAACCUCCCGAACGACCACGGCAGCAGCAGCAGACGGAAAGUACCAAAACCAAGAGCAUGUUUCUGUCCAGGGCGCUGGAGAAAAUCCUUUCGGAUAAGGAAGUAAAGCGGAGCCAGCACAGUCAGCUGCGCAAGGCCUGCCAGGUAGCGCUAGAUGAAAUCAAAAUUGAACUGGAAAAGCAAAAAGAUGGCACUGUUAUUGCCCCCAGGGUCAACUAUAUCGAGGCGGAUAAGUAUGUGCUUCCAUUUGAGCUGGCAUGCCAGUCUAAGUCCCCACGCAUCGUCACCACUUCUCUGGACUGUUUACAGAAGCUGAUCGCUUAUGGCCACAUCACUGGCAAUGCGCCUGACAGCAGCGCUCCGGGCAAGCGACUCAUCGACCGCCUGGUCGAGACCAUCUGUAACUGCUUCCAGGGUCCACAAACGGACGAGGGCGUGCAGCUACAGAUCAUCAAGGCGCUCCUGACGGCUGUGACCUCUCCCCACAUCGAGAUCCACGAGGGCACAAUCCUGCUGACGGUGCGCACCUGUUACAACAUCUACCUGGCCAGCCGGAACCUCAUCAACCAGACCACGGCCAAGGCUACGCUCACGCAGAUGCUCAACGUCAUCUUCACUCGCAUGGAGACGCAGGCGAUGCUGGAAGCCCGUGAGAUGGAGAUGGAGAGACACAGACUGCAGCAGAGCACCUCCCCUGCUGCCACUGCCACGCGCCUAUCCGUGUCACCCUCGCCCACCGCCAGCUCUGCUGACCAGAGCGGCGUGUCCCCCUCCUCUGCGGGAAGCCCCUCCCUCAACGGCCGGCUGGAGAUGCACAUGGGUGAGGAGGAGGAAGCAGCAGCAGCGGAGAAUCAGACAUGUGCCGUCUCUGUGGGUCCAGCAGCCAAAGUUCCGACAGAGCCAGAGGAGGAUCUGCAGAGGACCGGCCCAGUGGUAGAGGAGAAGCCGGGGGAAUCGCAUGAGGUGAAUGAUGCAGAUCGACAUCAGGAUCGGAAGCGAGAACCAGGAGUGGAGGUGGAGGACAGCCCAGAAGCCAAACCGGCAGAGACAGAGUCCCAGCCCACUUCCCGGUGUGAUCCGGCUGAAGUAGCAGGCGCUCCCAGCGGGAAUGACAGCCAGCAGAUGAAUGGUGUCUCAGAAGACCACGCCCACAUAUCCUCCUCAGACAUCCUGGAUGUGGAGGCAGCGCCGGGCGUGCCCACUGUCAUCCGCUUCUCCCAUGUUCUGCAGAAGGACGCCUUCCUGGUCUUCCGCACCCUCUGCAAGCUGUCCAUGCGGCCACUGGCCGACGGCCCCCCGGACCCCAAGUCCCACGAGCUGCGCUCCAAGGUGGUGUCGCUCCAGCUGCUGCUGUCCGUGCUGCAGGCCGCUGGUCCCGUCUUCCGCACACACGACAUGUUCGUCAAUGCUAUAAAGCAGUAUCUGUGCGUGGCGCUCUCCAAGAACGGCGUCUCCUCCGUCCCCGAGGUCUUCGAGCUUUCGCUCGCCAUCUUCCUCACUCUGCUGUCGCACUUCAAGGUGCACCUGAAGAUGCAGAUCGAGGUGUUCUUCAGGGAGAUCUUUCUGACCAUCUUAGAGACAUCAUCCAGCUCUUUCGAACACAAGUGGAUGGUGAUUCAAACCCUCACUCGGAUCUGCGCAGACGCUCAGUGUGUCGUGGAUAUCUACGUCAACUAUGACUGCGACCUCAAUGCAGCCAACAUUUUUGAACGGCUGGUCAAUGACCUGUCCAAAAUCGCCCAGGGCAGGAGUGGCCAAGAGCUGGGGAUGACCCCACUGCAGGAACUGAGCUUACGUAAGAAGGGCCUUGAAUGUCUGGUGUCCAUCCUGAAGUGCAUGGUAGAGUGGAGCAGAGAUCUGUAUAUUAACCCCAAUCUACAGGCCAACCUUGGCCUGGAGCGCCCACCAGAAGCAGAGACCCUGGAGGGGAAGCUGCCCGAUCACUUUGCCUCCCGCAGGGACAGCACCAGUUCCUUGGACUCCACGGUGUCGUCCGGGGUGCAGAUCUCACAGCUGGACCACCCUGAGCAGUAUGAGGUCAUCAAGCAACAGAAGGAGAUCAUUGAGCACGGCAUCGAGCUGUUCAACAAAAAACCAAAGCGAGGCAUCCAGUACCUGCAGGAGCAGGGCAUGCUGGGAAAUUCAGCAGAGGACAUUGCUCAGUUCCUCCACCAAGAGGAGCGGCUCGACACGACCCAGGUGGGUGAGUUCCUGGGAGAAAAUGCACGCUUCAACAAGGAAGUGAUGUAUUGUUAUGUGGACCAGCUGGACUUCUGUGGGCGGGACUUUGUGUCCGCCCUGCGUGCCUUCCUGGAGGGGUUUCGGCUCCCGGGUGAGGCCCAAAAGAUCGACAGACUGAUGGAGAAGUUUGCUGCCAGAUACCUCGAGUGUAACCAGGGACAGACGCUCUUCGCCAGCGCCGACACGGCCUAUGUACUGGCCUACUCCAUCAUCAUGCUGACCACUGACCUGCACAGCGCCCAGGUCAAGAACAAGAUGACAAAGGAGCAGUACAUCAAGAUGAAUCGCGGUAUCAACGACAGCAAGGACCUUCCUGAGGAGUACCUGUCAGUCAUCUAUGAUGAGAUUGCUGGCAAGAAGAUUGCCAUGAAGGAGAGCAAGGAGUACACCAUCACUCCCAAGUCCAUCAAGCAGAGCGUCGCCAGCGAGAAGCAGAGGCGGCUCCUCUACAACAUGGAGAUGGAGCAGAUGGCCAAGACGGCCAAGGCGCUGAUGGAGGCGGUCAGCCACGCUCAGGCACACUUCUUCAGUGCCACGCAUCUGGAGCAUGUGAGGCCCAUGUUCAAGUUGGCCUGGACGCCCCUGCUGGCAGCCUUCAGCGUGGGCCUACAAGAUUGUGACGACCAGGAGGUGGCAUCGCUGUGUCUAGAAGGCAUUCGCUGUGCCAUCAGGAUCGCGUGCAUCUUUGGCAUGCAGCUGGAGAGGGACGCGUACGUCCAGGCUCUUGCCCGCUUCACCCUGCUGACUGCCAGCUCCAGCAUCACUGAGAUGAAGCAGAAGAACAUCGACACCAUCAAGACUCUCAUCACUGUUGCUCACACGGACGGCAACUACCUGGGGAACUCAUGGCAUGAGAUCCUGCGAUGCAUCAGCCAGCUGGAACUGGCCCAGUUGAUCGGCACGGGGGUGAAGACCCGCUAUAUCUCGAGCAUGGUGCGGGACAGGGAGGGCAGCAUUAAGGGAUUUCCAGUCGGUGGGGAUGAGUUCAUGCCCCUCAGCUUCGGGACAUUGGUGGGGGGCCAGGACAGGAGGCAGAUGGCCCACAUCCAGGAGUCCGUUGGGGAGACAAGCUCCCAGAGCGUCGUGGUGGCUGUGGACAGGAUCUUCACUGGCUCUACUCGGCUAGAUGGGAACGCAGUGGUGGACUUCGUGCGCUGGCUUUGUGCCGUUUCCAUGGAUGAACUGGCGUCCCCGCACCAGCCGCGCAUGUUCAGCCUACAGAAGAUAGUGGAGAUCUCCUACUACAACAUGAACCGCAUCCGCUUGCAGUGGUCCCGCAUCUGGCAAGUCAUUGGAGACCAUUUCAACAAGGUGGGCUGUAACCCCAAUGAGGAUGUAGCCAUCUUCGCAGUGGACUCUUUGCGACAGUUGUCCAUGAAAUUCCUGGAAAAGGGAGAGCUGGCCAACUUUCGCUUCCAGAAAGACUUCCUGCGGCCUUUUGAACACAUCAUGAAGAAAAACAGGUCACCCACCAUCCGAGACAUGGUUAUCCGCUGUGUGGCCCAGAUGGUGAACUCUCAAGCUGCGAACAUCCGCUCGGGCUGGAAGAACAUCUUCUCGGUGUUCCACCAGGCUGCGUCGGAUCACGACGAGACCAUCGUGGAGCUCGCCUUCCAAACCACUGGGCACAUUGUCACGCACACCUUCCAGCAGCACUUUGCCGCCGCCAUCGACUCCUUCCAGGAUGCGGUCAAGUGCCUGUCCGAAUUUGUGUGCAAUGCCGCAUUCCCAGACACAAGCAUGGAGGCCAUCCGACUCAUCCGCCACUGCGCCAGAUACGUGUCUGAAAGGCCGCAGGUUCUUCAGGAGUACACCAGCGAUGACAUGAACGUCGCCCCUGGUGACCGGGUGUGGGUUCGAGGCUGGUUUCCCAUACUCUUCGAACUCUCAUGCAUCAUCAACCGUUGCAAGCUGGACGUGCGUACCAGGGGCCUGACAGUGAUGUUUGAGAUCAUGAAGAGCUAUGGUCACACCUUCGAGAAGCACUGGUGGCAUGACCUCUUCCGUGUCAUCUUCCGCAUCUUCGACAACAUGAAGCUCCCGGAGCAGCAGACGGAGAAAAUGGAGUGGAUGACCACGACAUGCAACCACGCACUGUAUGCCGUCUGUGACGUGUUCACACAGUUCUACGAGCCGCUCAGUGAGGUGCUGCUGGUGGACAUAUUUAACCAGCUGCAAUGGUGUAUCCAGCAAGAUAACGAGCAGCUGGCGCAGUCGGGGACAAAUUGUUUGGAGAACCUAGUGAUCCUGAACGGGGAGAAGUUCAGCCCAGAGGUGUGGGACGUCACUUGCGCCUGCAUGCUGGAGAUCUUCCAGUCCACCAGCCCCCAUGCACUUCUGACGUGGCGGCCCGCAGGUGAGGAAGAGGAAGCUGGCGACUACAAACACAUGGAUGUGGAGCUGGACUCGCAGUCUCAGAGCAGCUUCGAGCGGACCUUAUCUGAGCGCGCCCACAGUCAGAUCUCCACCGUCAGCGACGACACCUGGAAGGGGAGAUCCCAUGCCAAAAUGACAGACCAGAAGCUAUUCUCCUGCCUCCUGAUCAAGUGUGUGGUGCAGCUGGAGUUAAUCCAGACCAUCGACAACAUCGUCUUCUAUCCCGCCACAAGCAAGAAGGAGGACGCGGAGAACAUGGCAGCCGCCCAGAGGGAUGUGCUGGAUGAGGAGGCGGAGCCAAGCAGCACGGAGGAUAAGGGCAUGUACCUCCAGCUGUCACCCCAGCACCUCUUCAAGCUGCUGGACUGCCUUCUAGAAUCACACACCUUUGCCCGAAGCUUCAAUUCAAACAAUGAGCAGAGGACGGCACUUUGGAGGGCAGGCUUCAAGGGGAAGUCGAAGCCCAACCUGCUGAAGCAGGAGACCAGCAGUCUGGCCUGCAGCCUACGCAUCCUCUUCCGCAUGUAUUCAGACCCGCGUCUCUGCGACACCUGGCCGGAUAUUCGGACCCGGUUACUACUUGUGUGCAGCGAGGCUCUGGCCUACUUCAUCACCCUGACGUCUGAGAGCCAUCGGGAGGCCUGGACCAGCUUGCUGCUCCUGCUGCUCACCAAGACCCUCAAACUCCCAGAUGACAAGUUUAAGCCACACGCAUCCUGCUACUACCCCCACCUGUGCGAGAUGAUGCAGUUCGACCUGAUCCCGGAGCUCCGUGCCACCCUGCGGCGAUUCUUCUUGCGCAUUGGCUCUGUCUUCCAAAUCGCCAGCUCGGAGGGCGUGCCAUCACGGCCUCCGGCACCCUAAGCCUGCAUGAGGAUCGGAGAGGAGAUGCAGUGGCAGAUUGGUUUUAGAAAGACGGGUGAAGAACACAGCACCCCCUAGUGGGCUCGGAGGAGUGCAGCAGGGUGUUCCAGGCACAAAUGGACAAAGCCCUUUCCAAUCCUGUAGGCUGAACUCUGGCUGUCUGUAUUCCAGAAUCGGUGAUUGUACCUUCCAACCUGAAGCAUUAUCCAUACCUGCCUUCACUCAUGGAUGCCAUAGGUAGCCGCACAUAAAUGCACUGUGAGACAGGUGGACAAGCCUUUACCUUGACUGCAUUCAACAUUCAGAAGUGAAAUAACAUGGUUUAAAAUGAUUUAUUUAUUAAUGUUUGUUUGUGACUUUGUGUGUGAUGUUGAGACUGAACAAUUAAGUGUUCUCAAAUGUUAAAUUAUAAGUCUAAAGGGAGAGCAACAACUAAUGGAUCUUCUGAACACACGGACAGUGCUAAGGGUCUAGCAAGUGUAAGCUUAGCAGGUAGAUCUGUGUUUGUGGAGAUUUGUCAAUGACAGGUCAUUGGUUUGCUGACUUUGGACUUCUGUUUAAAAACAACUUUUGAUUCCUUCCGUUUUUGUUUUUUGCUUCACUUGAAGACGGCAUUGCACCUCCAGUCACAAGAAUCAGUUACAAUGACACUGCUGUCACACACCAACAAGAACUUCAGUACUCCCAGCUCUGUAAAAUAAUGUGCUGACAAUUUAAAUGAUUUUACACUGUGGGCAUUAGCCUGCUUUGAUGAGAAACAAUGCCUGUGAAGUCAAGGUUAUGCUUAGUUUACCUCUUUUCCAGGGGCUGCACAGUCCUUAGUUCUUUAAGGUAAUUGUCUGCGGUUAGUACUUUUGUUCUUUUGGAGCUAACAUGCUAGGUUUGUGCUGACCCAGAUGCUGGGGGCCCACACUCGUUGAUUGGCAAAUAGCACUUUUUAAGAAGGGGAGGGGUGUUACAGCUUUAGCUCUGUCUGUCAAUGACUGAUGCUGUUACUCCCUGGAGUAAAAAAAAUGUAAAAACAACAUUCAUACACAAAAGAUGUUUAAAAACAUGCAUCUAUCUGACAGUAUUUGUAAUGUGGCUUCUGCUGCUCAUUGGAGAGUCGUCUUUAAAGGUAUAUAAUUAUACAUUUUCUCACACACCCA